GUUUUGAGAACAUCUUCAGAAUAAUAAAUCAGAAAAUUCUAAUUCUAUUAAGGACUAAAGGAUUAAUUAACGAAAAUGAAAUUAUCAAUAACACCGCCUUUGUUGUUAAGUUUAAUAUUUUUUUUAACUUUUACUAUACAAAAUGUAGAAAGUGCUAAAAUUUUAGCAGUUUUUCCAUUUCCUGGGCCUUCGCAAUACAUUUUAGUGCAACCGCAUUUAAAGGCUCUGGCUGCUAAAGGACAUGAGGUGACGGUGAUCAAUGCUUUUCCACAAAAGCAGCCGAUAGCUAACUUUCGAGAUGUGCUGGUAAUGGAAGUUCAUGAAAAUUAUGCCGAAACCGUUGAAAAAGCCAAACUUGUACGCAACAAAUGGGAUGAGAUGACAUUUUAUGCUGGGUUUUUUCUAAAUCUUACCGAAACCGUGCUAAAAAAUGCCGGUGUUCAGAAAUUACUAAACACUGAAAAUUACGAUCUUGUCAUAUUAGAAGCACUUCACACAGAUGCUUGGUAUGCAUUUGGCAGACAUUUUAAUGUACCUAUGAUUGGGCUCUCCUCCUUCGGCACAGAUCCCAUUAUUGAUGAGUUAAUGGGCAAUAUGUCGCCACUAUCGUAUUCACCCUUGGUUACAGCUGGCUUAACGGAACGCAUGACAUAUCCGGAACGUUUAAGAAAUGUAAUUUUAUCCUUCAUGGAAUUGCUGCAUGCAAGAGUUUACAUCAUACCGGGACAAAAGAAAAUUCUGCGAACCUACUUGCCUCACAUUAAAGAUGAUAUCUGGGAUUUGAGAACAAAUUUCUCCAUAAUGUUGCUGAAUAAUCAUUUUAGCUUGAGCUUUCCACGGCCAUAUGUACCCAGUAUGGUGGAAGUGGGAGGUUUUCAAAUACACUACAAACCCAAACCUUUGCCGCAGGAUAUUUUGAAUUUCCUUAAUUCCUCCUCGGAGGAUGUCAUAUAUUUUUCCAUGGGCUCCAAUGUGAAAUCAAAGGAUUUUCCUGCAGAAAAAUUGCAAAUGCUAAAUGAGGUUUUUAGUUCAUUACCCUAUAAAAUUAUGUGGAAAUUUGAAAAACCCACUUUGCCUGGCAAACCCAAGAAUGUCUUUAUUAAAUCCUGGUUUCCACAACCCGAUGUUCUGGCUCAUCCUCGUGUUAAACUUUUCAUUUCACAUGGUGGCCUGCUGAGCACCUCUGAGUCGGUAUAUCAUGGUAAACCCAUGUUGGGUCUACCGGUGUUCUACGAUCAACAAAUGAAUAUCAAAAAAGGCAUACAAGCUGGUUUUGCUUUGGGCAUUGAUUUCCAUACACUGCCACGUGAAGAGUUCAAGUCCAGUAUUUUGAAAAUGAUGAAUAAUGCAAAAUAUCUUAAUAAUGCUAAAACUAUAUCGAACAUUUAUCACGAUCAACCUAUGAAACCUUUAGAAUUGGCCAUCUAUUGGACGGAAUAUGUUUUGAGGCAUAAGGGAGCGGUACAUUUGAAAAAUCCAGCGCAAACGAUGAAUUUUAUACAAAAAUAUAGCAUUGAUACGGUGGGUGUUUUAGUUGCUGCAUUUAUAUUGUGUAUUACUAUAGUGAUUAUUGUUAUAUUGAAAAUUAUUAAAUUAGUUUUACAGAUGAAAUCUUUGAAUAAAGAAAAGGUUAAUUGAAUAAA